UCUGAAACGAUGCUGCAUAUUUAAAAAACAUGCCAUUUUUGAAGAAAUGCGCUAUUUCUGCAACGCUUUUUAGUGAUCAGCUGUUUCAAUAGCAUAUUGCGUUGCAAAAUAUUUACGGUUCUUUCGUUCUAUUAAAUAAUAACAAAUGUUGUAGAAGUAAAAAGUGAACAUUUCAAUGAGUUUUAUAUUGAACAUCUUAAAGGCUUUUUUUAAUAAAAUGCUGGAAUUAUUGUUAUUUGGACGAAGAAGUAUUACUAAUUCUUUGAAUAUAUAUGUGAAAACAAAUACUGGUCGCACGUUGUCGGUCAAUUUAGAACCUAAAUGGGAUAUAAAGAACGUAAAGGAAAUUCUCGCACCUCAGUUGGGAUUACAACCAUAUGAAGUGAAGAUUAUAUUCGCUGGUAAAGAACUCAGUGAUGCCACGACAAUUGAGGAAUGCGAUUUAGGACAACAAAGCAUCUUACAUGCUGUGCAAGUGCGUGCAAGAUCUGCCAAACAAAGAAAAUCUAUGCACUCCAUGGUGGCAGAAGAGGAGGUUACGCCUGAAGAGGUGCCUUCGAAACCGUUAUGCGAAACUUUAUUAGACGUUCAAUUUCAAAAUGAAGAAAAAGUGCAGGGACCAGGGACAGUGUGUGAACAUGAGAGGGUUCACUUUUUUGUACACUGCUCCCAGUGUAAUAAACUAUGCAAAGGUAAAUUGCGCGUACGCUGUUCUUUGUGCAAAGGUGGUGCUUUUACUGUGCAUCGCGAUCCCGAGUGUUGGGAUGAUGUACUGAAGUGCCGUCGCAUACGCGGUCAUUGUGAAUCUUACGAAAUUGCUUGCGUGGAUAACAAUGGCGAUCCGCCGUGUGCAGAAUUCUAUUUUAAGUGCGCCGAACAUGUCUCUGGCGGGGAAAAAGACUUUGCAGCUCCAUUAAAUCUAGUCAAAAUGAAUACUAAAGGUGUCCCCUGCUUAGCUUGCACUGAUAUAAGUGAGAUAGUGCUAGUUUUUCCCUGCGCUUCAAAACAUGUUACAUGCCUUGAUUGUUUUUUGCACUAUUGCCGCUCACGGUUAUUAGAACGACAAUUUAUGCCGCAUCCAGAUGUUGGUUAUACUCUGUCAUGUCCCGCAGGUUGUGAGAAUUCAUUUAUAGAAGAAAUACAUCAUUUCAAGUUGCUGAUACGUGAAGAAUACGAUAGAUACCAACAUUUCGCUACAGAAGAAUAUGUGCUGCAGGCCGGUGGCGUUUUGUGUCCACAGCCAGGAUGUGGGAUGGGCUUGUUGGUGGACCCUGAUUGUAAGAAGGUUACCUGUCAGAACGGAUGUGGAUACGUUUUUUGCCGGAAUUGUCUGCAAGGUUACCAUUUAGGCGAUUGUCUUCCUGAUAGUGUAAAUGAUGGAGAUUCCAGUUCUUGUGAAUAUUCGGUCGAUCCUAAUCGUGCCGCUGAAGCUCGUUGGGAUGAGGCUAGCAAUGUAACAAUCAAAGUCUUAACAAAACCUUGUCCUAAAUGCCGCACUGCUACUGAACGGGAUGGCGGCUGUAUGCAUAUGGUAUGUACGCGAUCCGGUUGUGGAUUUGAGUGGUGCUGGAUUUGUCAAACGGAGUGGACAAGAGAUUGUAUGGGCGCCCAUUGGUUUGGUUGAAAUAUAAACUGUAUGCAAUAGAAGCAACUUAAAAUAUAAAGUGUAAAACUUUUAUUAUUUUCUUUUUAAAUAACAACAUAUAAAACUAUAUUUUGUUAACAGCAGUUUAAAGUAAGUUUCAAUAAAGUAAUCCUUUAUUUAUUAGAAAA